AUGAAUGAAACCCUGAGAUUUAUCAACGACACCGUGAUGGAAGAAAUCACAGACAAAGAAGACGUGGUAGGCGGAAAUCGAUGGCCUUACUUCAGACUUGAGGGGAAAACGUAUUUGACGUUUAUCCUGAUCAUCGCCUCACUGGGAGUCGUGGGAAACGUAAUGUCCUUCAUUCUGAUGUCUGACGAAAAACUCAGGUUACUUGCAUAUUCAGUUUACUUGAGAUGGUUGGCGGUGUCAGACAGCAUGUUACUUAUGAUGGUUGCGACGGAGGAUACUUUGGACACAUACCGGUAUCUCGGUCGCUUUCACACAUUGCACGUGACUGUGUGCAAGGGAUGGAAUUUCAUUGAAGCAACGACCUACACAUUGUCUCCAUGGCUGGUCUUGGCCUUGACCCUCGACCGAUUCGUGUGUGUCGUUUUCCCUCUGUCUCGCCACAAGCUGUGCACCAAGUCAAAGGCUUUCAAACUGUGUUCGACCGUGACACUGAUGUCUGCAGCUCUUAACGUUGUCUCUUUGAUUUACCUGGAUAUUGAAGAUGACGAAUGCACACCGUCUUUUAACCUGCACCUGACUCGCUACCUGAUAUUCCAGCAAUUACUAAAAAACGCAUUUCUGCCUUAUGUUGCAAUUCUCAUUCUAAACAUAGUCACAGUGAUUUGGAUUCGCCGAAGUGCGUCUUUUCGUCAGCAGUUUAAACGGAGCGGCGGUUCCGAGGCGACGAAAGAAAGACAAGACAAAAACACCCUUCCGCUGAUACUCAUUUCCGUGUUUGCCUUCGUGACACUGAUUCCACGAACUGUUACGGAGGCUACCGAAUACAUGCUCGAGAGUUUACAAAGUGAUGCCAUGGCCUUAAAAUUGGCCAAUCAUCUGUGGCCGCUAUUCAAUGUUAUUUAUCUCGUCAACUUCGGACAGAACUUUUUCAUUCUGAUGGCCAGUUCGUCUGAAUAUCGCCAGUUACUCGGACAGAAGUUGACUUGUCAUCAUAAGGAUAACAGGAACACGUCCUCUGCACAAAGAAAGCCUUCGACUCCAAGAACGUCAUCUACACAAUUCUCUGACAUAAGCGUCUCCAAGAUGGUGGACAUCCGAUCUGUGACGUCACGUGAAACCACCGUGUGUUCUGAUUCGUCGCUCACUUCGCCACCAGUAUAG